AUUAAAAUCAAUUGUGUAGGUAUUCUUUGAAUCAAGAUGAUUUUUAAAAAUAUUUAUUUAUUCACUUUGUUUGUAUUUUUAUUUUAUUUUUCUGCGGGAGAACUCGAGAACAAUUGUCGUAAUGAAAAUAAUGAAAUUGACAAUAGUGAUUUAUCUAUUUUAAUAUCGCCAUUAAUGUCAUCUGAAAUGAUACGUGAAAUAUGUAUUUAUUGGAAAAAUUCAAAUCUCGAAAGCGGUGAUGUAUUUAAAUUAUAUAAAGGUAAUCCAAAUACAACAAAUGCUCAAGUGAUAUUUAAAUUUCAACCAGAUGCAGUCCAUGGUUUUAAGAAAACCGGAAUUAGCAGUGAUUUUAUUUUUACCUCACAAUUAACAUUUAAAGAUGAAUGUUUAAAUUACUAUGUAUCGUGGGUACGCAAUGACACAAUUAAAAAGACAAGUUGUUUAUCAACGCAUCCAAAUUGGAUGAGUAAACGAAAAAAUAGUAUUGGUAAUUUAAAAAUGCGUGAAGUUUUUAUUCCUGGUACUCAUGAUUCAGCAGCUUAUAAUAAAUUUCAAAAUCCUAAAACAGAAUUAAUUAUUGAUAAAUACACAAUAACUCAAGAUGAAGAUGUACUAGGUCAAUUAAUUUACGGAGCACGUUAUUUGGACAUUCGUGUUGGUCGUUAUCCCAAUUCAGAUGAAAUUUUUUGGGGUAAUCAUGGGCCAAUUCGUAUAGUACCACUUCGAGACGUUAUUAGAGACGUUAAAAUUUUUUUAGACAAUACCGAUGAAAUUGUUAUUUUUGAUAUCCAAGAAUUUCCUGUUGGAUUUAAAUCAUUGGCAGCACAUUAUCAAUUAACGGAUUAUUUACAAGAGCAAUUUGAUGGUUACUAUCUAGACAGACCAGUUCAUGUUUGGGGAACAAGCCUCGAGGACAUUUGGUCAACGGGCAGAAGACUUAUUAUCAGUUAUGAUUAUUCCAAUGUCGUUGCAUCAAGAACAAGUGUCUGGCCGCAGGUCGAACAACAGUGGGGCAAUGUUAGAACUGUUAGUGCUCUUUAUAGGCAUUUAAAUAAAAUAGAAACUCAAGCUGCUGACGAAUUACAUCAUUAUAACCGAUUGUCGCAACCACGAGCAGCAAUGGCUCAAUUAACACCCACAACUUUUGAUGUGAUAUUUAAUCGAUUAGGUGGCCUUAGAAAAAUGGCUGAAAAUGUUGAUAUAAAUAUCACCGAGUGGUACAGCGAUGAAUGGCAACAUACUGCAAAUAUUGUUGCUGUUGAUUUUAUUAAAGCCACGGGAAUCGUUGAAACUGCAAUAAAGUGGAAUGAUAAGCGUGCUAGUGGUUGUUAAAUAUUGAUAAUUGUAUAAUAGUUUUUUAAAUAUUAUUUAAUAAAGUAUGGUUA